AUGUGCAAACACGGAGAAGCCGCUGGCGGUGGCACGCUAAACUACCCGCGCGAACUCCUUCCUACCAACGUUGUCCCGCGCCACUAUGAUCUCACCCUCGAGCCCAACUUCGAGACGCUCAAGUUCGACGGUUUGGUCAAGAUUGACUUCGAAGUUGCUGAGGACUCCAGCACGGUUUCCCUGAACACCCAUGAGAUCGAGAUCAAGCAUGCCUCGUUGUCUCUGUCGGCUGCCGGCCAGCAAAGGAGCCUUAACGACCCCGUCAUCACCUACGAUGAACCGAAGCAGGUCCACAGUUUCGACUUCAAGGAUAAAUUGACCAAGGGCGAAAAGGGCACUCUUGAAAUUAAGUUUGUGGGCGAAUUGAACGACAAGAUGGCAGGUUUCUACCGCUCAUACUACAACAAGCCGGACGGCACCAAGGGCAUCAUGGCCACCAGUCAGAUGGAACCCACCGAUGCCCGCAGAGCGUUCCCCUGCUUCGACGAGCCGGCUCUCAAGGCGGAGUUCACUGUUACUCUCAUCGCUGAUAAGGCCUUGACCUGCCUUUCCAACAUGGAUGUGGCUGAAGAGAAGGAGCUGCCUUCUGGAAAGAAGGCCGUCCGGUUCAAUAAGUCACCCGUCAUGUCGACGUACCUUGUGGCGUUCAUCGUUGGAGAACUCAACUAUAUCGAGACGAACGACUUCAGAGUGCCCAUUCGAGUCUAUGCCCCGCCUUCUGAGGAUAUCGAGAGAGGUCGGUACGCCUUGGACAUCGCUGUCAAGGCUUUGGAGUUCUACGAGAAGGCCUUUGGUCUCCCCUACCCUUUGCCCAAGCUCGACCAAGUAGCUAUUCCCGAUUUUGCCGCUGGCGCUAUGGAGAACUGGGGUCUAGUUACCUAUCGUACUGUCGAGGUCUUGUUUGACGACAAAACCAGUGGUGCCGCGGCCAAGGAGCGAGUCUCGACGGUUAUUACCCAUGAGAUCGCUCAUCAGUGGUUUGGAAACAUUGUCUCUCCGGACUGGUGGCACGCCCUCUGGCUCAAUGAAGGUUUCGCCGAGUUUGCUUCUCGGUACUCUAUGAACGCUUUCUUUCCUGAAUGGAAGCUCAGGGAAUCUUUCGUUCGUGAGGACCUCCAAGCGGCUUUGGGCCUCGACGGUCUGAGAAGCAGUCACCCUAUUGAGGUUCCCGUGCACAAGGCUGAAGAGAUCAACGAAAUAUUCGAUAGCAUCAGCUAUGCCAAGGGCUCAUGUGUCGUGCACAUGAUCUCCGCGUACCUCGGAGAGGAAGUUUUCAUGGAGGGCGUCCGGAAAUACCUCAAGCGCCAUGCUUGGGGCAACGCCACUACAAAUGACCUGUGGCAAGCGUUAAGCGAGGCCAGCGGCAAGGAUGUCGGGUCUAUCAUGAACAUCUGGACUCAGAACGUUGGAUAUCCUGUCGUCUCCGUCACAGAGUCCGGCAAGUCGAUCAGCGUGGAGCAGCACCGCUUCUUGACGACGGGAGACGUCAAGCCCGAGGAAGACAAGGUUCUUUACCCCAUCUCCCUUAACGUUCGUACGAAGAGCGGUAUCAAUAAGGAUCUGAUGCUCACGACGCGUGAUGCCAAAUUCGAGAUUGACGAUGCCGAGUUCUUCAAGAUCAAUGCCGACUCUACCGGGUUUUACCGGACCAAGUACGCCAUUGACCGACUUGAGAAGCUCGGAAACGCUGCUGGGAUGCUCUCCGUCCAGGACAGAGUUGGUAUCGUGGCUGACACAUCAGCUCUUGCAAUUUCGGGCUACCAGAAGACCUCGUCCUCUCUGAGCCUGUUCAAGGCUCUUAGCAAUGCGGGCGAAGCCGAGUAUCUUGUGUGGGACCAGAUUUUGACCCGUCUGGGCUCGAUCAAGAUGGCUUGGAUUGAGGAUGAUGCCAUCGUCGAGAAGUUGACCGAGUUUCAACGGAACAUCGUUAGUGGCAUCGCCCACAAGCUUGGCUGGGAGUUCUCCAGCCAGGAUGGUCAUGUUGAGCAACAAUACAAGGCUCUCACAUUUAGUGCAGCUGGUAUGUCUGGCGACAAGAAGGUCGUCGAUGCGGCGAAGGGGAUGUUUGAGAAAUUUGUCGCUGGGGACAAGACGGCGAUCCACCCCAAUAUUAGGAGCUCUGUCUUUUCGAUUGUCCUCAAAUUUGGCGGUGAGAAGGAGUACGAUGCCGUACUCAAGUACUACAAGACCGCCGAGACAGCCGACGAGCGCAACAGCGCGCUGCGUACUCUGGGCCAAGCCCGCGACCCUAAGCUUAGACAGCGCACUUUGGACCUUCUGCUGAAUGGCGAGGUUCGCGACCAGGAUAUUUAUAUCCCAAUUGGCAGUCUUCGUUCAUCCAAGGGUGGCAUCGAGGCCCUGUUCGACUGGUUGCAGACCAAAUGGGACGAGAUCUAUGCCAAGUUCCCUGCUCAGUCUUCCAUGAUCGGAAGCAUUGUUAGUUACUGCACAAGCGGACUUACAAAGCAAGAGCAGCUGGAUCAGCUUGAGAAGUUCUUCGCCGAGAAGGAGAAGAAGGGUUUCGUCAGGGCGCUCUCACAGUCUACCGACUCGAUUAAGGCCAAGAUUGCAUGGACUUCCCGUGACACGGAGGACCUGCGCAAGUGGCUAGGCCUAUAA